AUGGGACAGCAGGAGGGCGAUGAGUUGGAUCGGGAGUUGGCGGAUGCCGAAGUCGCGGGCGACGACGGUUUCGAGGAUGAUGAGGAUAUGCUCGACAAGAUGUCGAGCUCGCCGAGUAUCGCUGAUGAGGAUAUCGAUUUCGAGAUGGUUUACGCGCUGCAUCACUUCAAUGCUACCGUCGAGGGCCAGGCAAACGCGGCCAAGGGCGAACAUAUGGUGCUGCUGGAUGACAGCAACUCGUACUGGUGGUUGGUGCGGAUAGUGCGCGAUUCCUCGAUAGGAUAUCUACCUGCCGAACAUAUCGAGACUCCCACCGAGCGUCUAGCGCGAUUGAACAAGCACCGGAAUAUCGACCUGGCGGCCAACAUGCUGAGCGAUUCCGUACACGAGAAGAGCCGUAAUCCCCUUAAGAAGGCGAUGCGCCGACGAAAUGCAAAGACGGUGCAGUUCACGGAUCCCAUAUACCACGAAGCUUCCGAGUACGAAUACAGCUCGGAGGAGGAAGAGGGUGCCGAGGGUGCCGAGGGCGAAGGCGAGGAUGAUGGCAACAUUGAAGUCCACGACGAUGCUGACGAGGCGGAAGGAAGCAAGGCGGCGGGACCUGUGAAGAGGGAUAGUGGGGAAAAGGACAGGGCGGCCAGGCCGACUGUCAGCGUCCUCAACCCUCCCGGGAGCGAGGCGCGGGUAGCUGAAGCUGCCGUGAAGAGGGAAAGCGAGGAGGGCGUGAAACUGCGACCCAACCCGACUCCGUCAGCUAUACGUCAUCCCGACUCGGCCAUCUUCCGCGACGAGAACACGGGAACCAAGAAGCUCACGCUCACGCCCAACCUCCUGCGCGACGACGACAUCGUUGCCGCCCCGACCAAACCGGAAGUCAUCAAAGGCGGCCGGGUCUCGCUGGACCGUGAAGGACGACAGUCGAACCGGGCGGAAGAUGUCAUCUCGCCGCCGACGACCCACAAGACGGCAACCAGACUCAGGAAGGGAAGCGUCCUGGGCAAUCUGUUCAAGAAGCGGAACAAGAAGGGGAGGAAGGACGAGGAGGAAGAAGUCGAGGAGUGGUUGCAGUCUGCUGCGAUCGGAGGUGGAGGCAGCCAGGAGAAGCAGUCUAUCGACAGCUCGAGAUCUGCCUCGCAGGAUUCACCGAACGGUCGGGGAGAGGAGACGAGGAAGGAUAGGGAGGAUGCGCAGAUCAGGGACGAGCAGAGGAGGCAGCAGGAGAGACAGCGGCAACAGAGGGAGCGGGAACAGCGGGAACGGGAGGCCAAGGGAAAGCAGGCUGCGGCUACUACUGCGGGAACGAUCCGGAGAGUCGAUUCGGAAACGAAGGAGGCUCAGUCUCCUAUCUCGGAGCCCAGGCAGCGACAGCAGCAGCAGGCUGGUCCUUCGGGUACAACUCCAGUUGAAGACAAACGGCCCGAAAGGGAGCAACUCACUCUCCGGACGGAUCAGACUGACAGGUCAUCGCCAAUCACUUCUCCGACCGAAACCAACUCGCAACACCAGAGCUACCAGAGCUACCAGCCCUACCGACAGAGACUGUCUGAGGAUAGCAAGCCAGGGAACUCGCCGCAGCGGUACCAAUCGGCGCAGCAGGAUUAUGGUCAAGAGAGGGAAAGAGCGGUGGACAGACUAUCGGAGUCACCGGAGCAAAUAACAUUCCACGAUGCGGCCGAACGACCGGACUUACUUGUCGAUACAUCCUCUGGUGCGGAGUCGAAUGACACCCCGUCGCCCAUCAAUUCGACACCCGAGAUGAUUGACAGGUCCUCGACGUUCGACACGACCACCACGUCGCCCGGAACUGGGGUGGAACACCAUACCAUCACUAGGACCUGGUCCGACUGGAGUCUGCGGACGUACUUUGAGGACGACAACGAUGUCAGGGACAUGUUGAUUGUGGUCCAGCAAGAUAAGGGCGACGUGCCGCAGCAGAAGCAGCAUCCACAGAUUGCGCCGCUCUUUGCAGAGUCGUCACGACGACUGGAAGAUAUAACUAAGCAACUGGAUGGCAUGCUGGGAGAAUGGAUGCAGCGGCGAAGAGCUCGCGCAUGA